CAAGCAAGGGAUGAGGUUUCAAUUUUCCAUAACCAUUAUAUCUAUAUAAAUCUUUUGUUUCUUAAUAUGGUGUGUGUGGAUGAAUAAGGAAAGCUAGUCUGUGCUUUCUCUCUUUGAUAAAAGGAUAGGCUCUAGCCUAUGUUAUUCCUUGCUUCAAAAGCUCUACCUUCGAUUUUGCCACUUUGGUGCAAAUCUGCUUCCUUUUGGUGACUGAACAUUUUUCCUUUGAUUACCGAGAGAAUUGCUUGUAUUUGAAGCUGCUUUUCUUGCUGCUUUCUGUGUCUUCAAGUCUUACUUGGAAGGCUCAGAUUUGCUGCAAAUCUCUCCCUUUCCCCACCAUCAGAAGCUUUAAUUUCUUGAAAGAAGAAGAGAUGGUGAGAGGAAAGACUCAGAUGAAGCGUAUAGAGAACGCCACAAGCAGGCAAGUAACUUUCUCUAAACGGAGAAAUGGGUUGCUGAAGAAGGCCUUUGAGCUAUCAGUUCUGUGUGAUGCUGAAGUUGCUCUUAUUAUCUUCUCUCCAAGAGGGAAGCUUUAUGAAUUUGCUAACUCUAGCAUGCAGGAGACAAUUGAACGAUACCGCAGGCAUACCAAGAAUGACACUCCAACUUCAUUCAGAACAGUUGAACAAAAUAUGCAGCAUUUGAAACAAGAAGCAGCAAACAUGAUGAAGAAAAUUGACUUUCUUGAAGCUUCAAAACGGAAAUUCUUGGGAGAAGGUUUGGGGUCUUGCUCCAUUGAGGAACUGCACCGAAUAGAACAACAGUUGCAGAGGAGUAUAAGUAAUGUUCGAGCAAGAAAGACUCAGGUUUUCAUGGAACAAAUUGAAGAACUAAAAGAAAAGGAAAAAGCUCUACUGGAGGAAAAGGCCAGGCUCUCUGAGAAGCAUGGCACCGAUCCACAGCCAACAACAAAGGAUCAGACUGAAAAUCAACCCCAAAACUAUGCAGAAAGUUCUCUAAGUUCAGAUGUGGAGACCGAAUUGUUUAUUGGACUUCCUCAUUCAAGAACAAGGGGCGUCAUCAGGUCCAGUUGAAAAUUAUUUAGUCCCUGGCUAUGCAAAUUAAAAUAACAGUAAGCCUAACUGUAUCAUCAAUUACAUGUAUGCUGAUGCAUGAUAAUAAUAGAAUAAUUCUAAAUCCUCUUACAAUAUCUUUCUCAUAAUCCUUCUAAUAUUAAUUAAAUGAAGAAAGUAUUAAAUAUUUUCAAUAUUUCCUAAGUGUUAAAUGCUUUUAUGUUUUCAUUUAAUACUUUCUUUAUAAAGUGUUAAGAAGAUUAUUGGGAGGAUGUUGUAGGAGGAUAUAGUAUUACUGUAUGGUAAUUGUGGGAGUGAUUUGUUUUGUUUGAUAAUAUCCUCAAAAUACUUGUAUUUUAGACUCAGUAGUUGUAUGGUUGCCAUUCUGGGGUUUAAUAAAUGCACGACUUUCUUUGA